GCCCAUCCAGUUGUACAGCUUGCUAGUCAUGUGACUGAGUCAGGAGGUGUUGUGAGCAGGGCGGAUCCAGCUGCAGUUUAUAUAAGGUCCUGUGCUCUGUUUUUCCUGUUCAUCCCUUCCUUUCCUUUGUAAGAGCAGCCACCCAAGGUAAGACCACUGCUAGACAUUGCUCUCUGACCCCUGUGUGUUAUUGUAAAGAGAAUUCUACUGCUAUUAUUGGAUGGUUACAUUGUUACUGAUCAGACACAAUGUAUCAUCUGCUUUGGGAAACCAACGUUCUUAUCGUCCUAUUCUGGCUCUGUAUGUCUGGUUACAUGUAUCCAGGCGGGGGAUUAACCCAAUAUCUGCCAGAGAUGACUCUUUAGCCGCCUGGAACUGCUAAUUCUGAGCAUUUUUUAUUCCAGUGAUCAUUCCACUCCCUUUAUUGCCAGCUCACUAAUUAAUUAAACUUGGUGUUAGAGGAUAGUGUUCCCGGUAUUAAAGGGGCAGAGAUGUGUACGAGUAAGGUAUUGGAGAGGCAGGGGAUAUGUGAGGGUAUUGGAGAUGGGCAUGAGAGGAGCAGCUGUUGCUUGGUAUGUGGUGGGGGCGGGGGGGUAUAUAUCUGGUUGUUACUGUGUUUAUAUAUAUAUAUAGGAGGGGGGGGUUUACAUGUUCAGUGUCUGUUAUAUGGGGAGGGAGGGGUGCUCAGUUUUUGUUGCAUGGGGGGAGGGGUGCUCAGUUUUUACUGUUGUGGUCAACAUAUGUUAAUGGGGGGGUUACAUGAUCAGUUACUACUGUGAUUUGUUUUAUUGGGGAGGGGGUGUGCAUGUUUAGUAGUUACUGUGUUAUUUAUGGGGGGGAGGGGUUAUUUGGAGUGCUAAUAUGUUGGGAUUUAUUGAAUCAGCUGUAAUUUGUUGUCUUCAGUUUCCCUGACUCCUUGCACUCACCCACUGAGCUAUUUCUCCCCCCUCCCCAGCACGCAGCAGGUUUCUGGGAGCGGUGGGUGACCUUUGGCCCUGGGUAAAGAUGGCGAGCACUGGCCUGGCACCGAGAUCACGUGGCCAGGGUGAUGCACUGUUUACAAUGGCGCUCCCGGAAGUGCGUCAUUGAAGCCGGCUCUGGGUGCUGGUGCUGCCCUCAUGGGGUCUGAUCACGUGAUCCUUAUGUUUACUGUAGCAUGUGCUGGUGGUGGCUUGAUCUGAUAUCUUUCUCCCUCCCCCCCCCUAUAAUGAGAUCUGAGUCCCCCCUGUAUAAUGAGAUCUGGUCCCUGGAGGACCCAGGCCCCCUGUGUGGGGGUGUGAGAUCUGGUCCCCUGGAGGACCCAGGCCCCCUGUGUAGGGGUGUGAGAUCUGGUCCCCUGGAGGACCCAGGCCCCCUGUGUAGGGGUGUGAGAUCUGGUCCCCUGGAGGACCCAGGCCCCCUGUGUAGGGGUGUGAGAUCUGGUCCCCUGGAGGACCCAGGCCCCCUGUGUGGGGGUGUGAGAUCUGGUCCCCUGGAGGACCCAGGCCCCCUGUGUAGGUGUGUGAGAUCUGGUCCCCUGGAGGACCCAGGCUCCCUGUGUGGGGGAGUAAGAUCUGGUCCCCUGGAGGACCCAGGCCCCCUGUAUGUGUAAUGUCUGUGGAGUGGGUCAUAUGCCAGGCUUGUAGUGCAAUCAAUAUAUAGUGGGUUAUAGUUGAUCUUAUGACCUAGUUGAUCAUAUAUCUGGGAGCUGGAACAUUCUAUUGCAUGUACUUAUAAUAUGGAAUGUAAAUCCAAGUGCUUAUAGAUAUUAAAUGUUCUCUUUUAAAUGGUCCAGAAACAUUAUUCCACCUUGGAAUGGGUGGUCAUUGGGACCCAUGAUAUAAGUAAUUAAGAGGUAUUAAAAACCCAUUGCAUUCUGAUAUGUUAGGUCUGAGUGUUUCACUGUGUUGUGUAAUUGACCAUUUGCCCAUGUUUGGUGCCAUAUAUACACUGCACAGUAGGACCCUCACCCCCACUAGUCUCCCCCCCUUAUUUUUUUCAUCCUUUCUCCAGAGCUACAUCUUAGUGCUCAACCUGGAAAGGUUGAAGGCAGUGGGUUAGUUUAUAUGGUAGAGGUUUGUUUUUUCAGCUUUUCAGACCUAGUGGUGCAGGGGAUUUGUGUGGACAUGUGCAGAUGACUCAUGAAAAGCUCUGUUUGGUUUUGGAUAAGAGGGGGAGGUGGUUCUUAUCUCACUUUGAAGGACAUGGUUUUUGAAGGGAUAGCUUUUGUUUAAGGUAGUGGCAUAUCUUAUCCUGAGAUCUUGCAUGCUGCUUUUCUGGGCCUUGUGCUACUAAAGCCCUUAAACUACUAGUGGGUUACUAAAAUUGCAAGACCACUUUAUUUAGUUACUUCAGCCUAUCAUUAGGGUAAUUGGGGUUCCAUUUGCAGAUCAUAUUUACUCUGCAGCAAUGUGGACAGUCUGUCUUAACAAUGGUCUGUUUUGGCUACAGCAGCGUGGGAAUGGUUCCAUAAUACUUGUAGUGCUCAUUUUCCAAUUUUGACCAAAUCUUUUUCAUAGAGGUGGCAAACACUUUAGUUUUCACACUAUUUACAAAUUCCUAAUUUGUGAUAGAGCUUUUGGCAGUCACUCUAACAAAGGUGAAAUCAAUUUCCUUUCUAGGUCACAAAACAACCUAGCUUUUACAUUAAGAUGCAAAUUAUGGUUCCUGACAAACCAGACCUCAGGUCCACACCCUUUUGGUAAAAUAUACGCUGCUGUUACUGUAUCAAGAUGUUAUAGAAUCGUUUUAGUUUCUGUUUAGUCAGGUAGUGGUCACGCUGUGACUGUGAGCAUAGUACACACUUUCAGGGAUUAGUUUCACAGCGGGUCACUCUCAAAGAUAUUGCACUGAGGAUGUGAAAAGAAUAAUGUGAAACCUAAAAAGUCAAUAUAGAUGUUACAUAUAAUUAGGAUAGCACUAUUUAAGUCAAGGGUUUAUGCACAGUCCUUUAACCUGAUAGUCGGCAUAGAAUUAACAUGCAGAGAAGAGAUUUUUUUUUUUAUAUUUCUUCGUCUUCUUCCAAUGUAAUACAUGCCUUGGCUGUGCAAGGAUCAAAUUGUAUUGGGAUUUGUAAAUGUUUAAUACACACUUUAAGAGGACAUGACUUGUCAUGUCACUGUAAAUAACCUGUCCUGAGAAAUGAAAUGUAUUUAACCAUAAUUUGAAUUUAUUUAUUUUUAGCGGGAUUUGCACAACAAUGUGGCGGCCUGUGGUUCUUCUGUGCAUGCUGGCCACCAUCGCCAGCUGUCGUAAUGUCCCCUUCCUUGAACCUUUAUCCCCUGAUAUGAUAAACUACAUCAACAAACUAAACACUACGUGGACGGUAAGUUAAUAUCGCUUACAGUAACUUUAUACAGUCCAAAGAGUAAAUCAGCAUGUGAGAUCUUGCCUCGAAAUAUGGACGUGAAAGACUGUUCAUGAGACCAGGAAGUGUGAAGACAAAAAAAAGUUCUGGUCAGAUCACGCUGGUAAUCAGUUGUUUGGAGUCACAAAAUGCUAUUGUGUAGUUUCCUUAAAUUAACUUCUAUUCGGUUUGUAUUUAAUCAUCUUUGUGUAGAAACAUACUUGUGUUAGCAGCCAUGGUAUAGUAACUUGUUCAUGGUCUUCAAGCAAUCGGUUAACCUGUAGUCCGGUUCCAUGUUUAGUAAGCCAAACUAUGUAUAGGUAUUGGCAGUGCUGGUUUGUGGCUUUGCCCUCUCCUAUAGGAAAGAGCUUGACCAGAAUUGCGCAUGUGUUGUCUAGAUGCUGCUUGCAAAAUUUGGUCAAAAUUGACCAGGGUAAACCUGAAAUGUUCUUUUGUUGACAUGACAUUUCAUAUGCUCUUAGGACUUCUCUAAUUUGUAAAAAUAAAUUAAAUUAAAAAGCUACAUCUCUAAGCCACACUCAAAACCACUCCCGUCAACUUUCUCACUUGGCUAAAUGUGAUUUGUGAUGUGACAUAACCCUUUCCUUAGUUAGGUCACAAAAUAAAGUUAUUCACUAAAGCGUGCAUCAACAUUACGCCAUAAGAGCAAGACUGAUAACAGACCAUCUAAGAAUUUCACAAUUUUAGCCUAUAAUGUGAACCUUUUAAAUUCCCUUUCAUUUCCUGAAAGUUACUUGAGUUAAUACCCCUGUUUUGUUUAUUUUAUGCAUCAUUCUGACUAGCUAAGAUGUAAAUAUUCCUUAUCGCUCUAAUCUGAGAAAGCUGCAUUUGUCAGACUGACGCAGAAUUAAAUGAUAAAUGCUUUUACCCGUGAAAAAUGAAAACUCAGUUCUAUACAAUGGUAAAGAGUGCUUGCUCUCUGGUGUAGACACCACUCUUGUCCCUGUAGCAUGCCUUCCUAGAAUGAUGAAAUUUGUUUAGUAAAGUGGGGCUCUCUCGGUAGUUGCAUUCCGUACAUCUAAGUAGCUAUUAAACCUCUCCUGAGUGCACUGUGUGCUUGACUUGUAUUAGAAGUGUCCAGAAAGCUCAGUCAUGCCUUGAUACAGGAGAACGUAGGCACACCAUACAGGUAUUGGGUAGACCUACUUCAAUUAAAUUUCUCUAACUGUUUGACUUGGUACAAGAAUUGUAGAGUAGUCUGCUAGUGUGUGCUCAUGAUAUGCCUUCUCCCACAGGCUGGACAUAACUUCAGAACAUCAGACCUGGACCAUGUUAAGAGACUUUGUGGAACCAUAUUAGGAGGACCUAAACCACCAACCAGGUAAAUUCUUUUGGAGUAUAAAUCAGUGACUCUCCAUUUUACAUUAACACUCUUCAAACUUGUUUAUUCGGAUUUCCACAUUGUUUAAAUUUAUGGUCGGUCCUCUUGAAAUGCCCUUUAUACAUUUUUCCCUACAAAUGGCUUGAACAGUGACUUCUAUGGAGAUAAGACAUUUCAUUACUGUGUUGGCUGUAGAUGCUACGUUUUUCUUGAACUGAUGCUCUAUCCACAUUUUCCUUUUAGGGUCUAAUAUACAGCACACCAUCUCAAAAACUGACCUUGAUUUUGGUGGUGGGAUGUCUGUGUUUAAUGUCACCUGUUUUAGCAACUUCACUUUGUCCAGGUUAAUCACUAUUAUACAAACCGAAAAGGUGUGCACAAAAAAACAUGACUAACUUCCUGUAUUAAAUAAAAUAAACCAGAUUAAAAACCAUACAAACUUGUCACUGCUGGAUUUCUCCUCCCAAAAUGUAGCUUUUCCCAACACCAGCCUAAUUCUGUCCAGUCUCCUAAUAAUGUCUUAACAAUCACACCAUCAUGCAGAACCGUUAACACAUCCUUGCCCUUGUAAACAAUGUCUUGUUGUAUUCAGAUUUGACAUUCUAUAUUCCAUUCUGGAUUCUUUACACUUGCUUCUGUUGUCUGCUUUGUUUACCCUUCAUUUAUGUCUGUAGAAAAUAUUGGUGCCUCUUAAUUACCAAACACUUAAAGAGAUUUCAGGAACCUUGACUUUUUUUGGUUUUGUUUGAAGUUGUCAUUCCUGAUAAUUUGUAUUUAUUUUUAGGUAUUCAUUUGCUGGACAAAUGGACCUGCCUGAAAACUUUGACUCUCGGGAAGCUUGGCCAAACUGUCCAACUAUCAGGGAAAUUCGGGACCAAGGUUCCUGUGGAUCAUGCUGGGUGUGUAGAUGGUUUAACUGCAGCAGUAAAUAUAUGUAAAUCCACAGCAUCGGACUAUUGGGACUUUGCCUAACUCUGUUUUGUGAAUAUCUAGGCGUUCGGUGCAGUGGAGGCAAUUUCUGAUCGUACUUGUGUCCACUCUAAUGGAAAAGUAAACGUGGAGGUUUCUGCUGAAGACCUGCUUUCUUGUUGUGGUUCAGAGUGUGGAAUGGGGUAAGUGGCUUUUGUAUUUGUGAGCUUACAUGCUAUGUAAAGUGUCAUAAAUGUAAAAAAAUCUACAUGUCACUAUGGUUCUUAUUUUUUUUUUUUUGAGUAGUUUCUACUUUUUGGGUUUUGUAAAACUUGUCUUGCCUGAAGCUAGGAAAUCAUGACUUCUUGAAAGGUUAACACCGCAAUAAUAUUUAGGCCCUAGAAGUACUUGUUACUUGUCAUGAGUUCAUCAGUCCUCUGGCAAUGACUAAUAACCACAAAACACUUAUUUUUCCUUGCUUAUAAACCUGUGCAAAGUUAUUGGUCAGUUGUAGGCUUUUUUUAUUCAUAUUGGUAUGUUUUUUCUUUUGUAGCCAGUUGGUGGAGAACUUUACAUUUUGAUCUGUUUUUUUGUAACCUUUGGUAUAAAUCUGAUUUGUUUUUAAUUUUGCUUUUCUAUUUAGCUGUAAUGGAGGAUACCCUGGAUCAGCCUGGGAUUACUGGGUUGAGAAAGGCCUGGUCUCUGGAGGAUUGUAUGACUCGCAUGUGGGUAAGUCAAACAUGCAGAAGCCACCUUUUACUGCCCUUAUCUAUAGAUUUGCUUAAUAUGAUGCGGCCCCUAGUAUUACUUUUUUUGCUCUCAAUGUUGUGUAUAAAUAUGUGCCAUAAAGUGUGAUCAAGUAAUGAAAACUGUAUUUUCUUUAUACUAGGAUAACUUCAUUUGGAGUGGUUCAUAAAAACCAAAUUCAUUUUUAAUCCAAACCUGAAUGACUUGGUCUGUCCAGAAUUUUCCUGUGGAGUUUAAUUUAACAAAUAAGGCUCCACAUGUUAAUUCCGGAUGGAUUUAAGAGUUUGGUUCAGAUGAACUGCUCCAAAUAUACUAGUUUUUACCUCUUUGACAUGGCGGCUGAUGUGGGUGAUGUUACCUAGUCUGUUCUGUUUCAUAAUGUCUUGGCAUUCAAGCCUAGGGAAUUAUGGGAUGGUGUUGGGAGCACAUGGAUGUGCCAUGAAUAAAUGUAUGAAAAAAAGUCUAAUUUCUUACAAUUUUAUUGUAGACUCUGCAUAAACCAAAUAUGAAAGACUUGAUGGUAGAAAUCCUUGCUGUAUAGAGCGUGCCGGGUGAAGUAGGUCUAUUCUCAAUCUAAAACUUUAUUUUUACAGGUUGCAGGCCAUACUCAAUCCCACCCUGUGAGCAUCAUGUCAAUGGCUCCCGUCCGGCUUGCAAAGGGGAGGAGGGUGAAACUCCAAAGUGUGUGAAAGAAUGUGAAUCUGGCUACACUCCUGCCUACUCAACCGAUAAACACUUUGGUGAGUUUUUUUUCUUGACUGGGGGCUUUGUACCUCUUGUAAACCCUGCCAAGCUCUUGCCAACUACUAAUGUCUAAAUCUGUCAAAUUCACUUAAUUUCUUUCUAUUUAAAGGUUAAUAUGACUUUUUUUUAUUUUUAUUUGAAAAACUCUAACGGGCACCUCUAACUAGCCCCCUUGUGCUUUCUAGUAAAACUUGAAGACUUUUGUUUUGGGCUUGCCUGUAAUCCAUUGCCAUGUGAAGCUCUUGUCCUGACCUUAAAAUGCAUAGUGUUCAAUCACAGGCUUAUAAUGGCUCCAUGUGCAUGUACACAAUCUGAGCUGGGGAGUGGGGGAAUAAAACUUUAAACGGAGGGCUCACAACAUGGAGGGAGGGGAUACCCAUGUUUCCCCUUGCUCUGCAAUAGAAAAGCGAACUAUGUGCAGAGCUUCAAAUAGACUACUACCACCAUAACCACAAAUUCACUGAAGUGGUCAUGGUGGUUGGAGUAACCCUUUAAUGGAUGAAUGGCAUGGCAGAUCUCUGGUUACAUGGCUUGCUUUUCUUGAGCUGAAACUUGAUCCUUUGAUAGAACACUGCAUGGUGGAAGCUGUAGUUUGCCUGCCUGUUUCAAGGCAUUGUGUAUGGUUGAAUAAUAGUUCAAUACUCUUUUUGAUUAAACCUUUCACAUUGCAUCUAUUCACUCAAAGUUUUUGCUUUACACUGUUGGUCACAAGUGAACAAUGUAACUAAUCCUCAACUAUGUUCUGUAGGUGGAAGCUCCUACCAUGUCCCAAAAGAUCAGCAAGAAAUCAUGGCAGAAAUCUACAAGAACGGACCGGUGGAGGCAGACUUUGUGGUUUAUUCAGAUUUCCCAAAUUACAAGUCAGGUGAGUUGGACUGUUAUUUCUGUCUGAAGUGGCUCCCAUACCCCCCAAAAAAAAUGGCUUCCAGCUUACUGCAUUAGAUGCAGUUUGCUAUACAAACACUUGUUUUAGAUUCUAUAGAAUGACCUGGUGAUAUUGGUGUAUUGGCACUGAAAUUAGCCUUGUCUGUUGGAAAUGUUUACUUCUCGCACAUUUUAUAAUUUAAUCUCUAUGCUUGUAGGGGUCUACCGCCAUGUGGAAGGACAAGUACUUGGAGGCCAUGCUAUUAAGAUGCUGGGCUGGGGUGUAGAGAAUGGUACCCCAUACUGGCUGUGUGCAAACUCAUGGAACUCAGACUGGGGUGAUAAUGGUACGUAACUUCUCAACUCGAGUCUAUGGAACUUCCUUUGGUAAUGUUACUGGUAAUUCAUUACACCUUGAGAUGUUGCCUUUUGUUAGGGGUACAAGAAAGCAAGAGUACUGAUAACUGGAUAUCUAACAUUUCCUCCAACUAAAUUCAUGAGUUAUUCACUAAACUAAAUUCUGUUUUGAUUUAACCGGUUUAUGUUGGAUUUUUCUUGAUUUCUCGAAACUGUAGCUCUUAAUUUGGGACCUGUGACACCAAGUUGGUUUUUAUUCCAUUACUUGACUCUUCUAUGUGAAUGCCUCUAAAUGUUUAAGUGAGCACUCAAAGUGCUGUAGCCAGUACAACUCAGCAGUGGUUCUGGUUCCAGAAUUGCCCUGGUUGCCUUCCCAUAGUAAUUUCUCAAACCAUCUUGGAAUUGUUUGACCACUUCCUAGGCUAACUGGGUGCCCUUGUUGCAUCCAGCUUUUAAUACUUAUAAAUAUAUUAUGCCAGCAGGAUGUUCCAUAGUGCUGUACAAUGGGUGGACUAACUCAUAAUUGUAAUCAGACUAGUUGGAUACACAGGAACAGAGGGAUUGAGGGCCCUGCUAGAGCUUACAUGCUAGAGGGAGUGCAGUAUAGUGACACAAGAUAAGGGUAGGGUAGAAAAGUAGGUUGCUAGAACAGUACUCACUGAGGGAUUGGUCUGUUAUUUUUGACAGUUGCAGAGUAGUCGGGGUGCAGGGAUGAAAAGCUGUUAACAGUUUAAUUGAUAUGCUUUCCUGCUGAAGUGAGUCUUCAAUAAUUGUUUUGAAGGAAUGGAGACUGGGUUAAAGUCUAACUGGGAAGGGAGCUCUAUUGCCAAAUGUCUUCAGUGAGCUAAGCUGGUUCAGUACAGGACUGCACUCAUUGACUGAGCAUUAAGCUGCCGCUGUCAGUCACAGAGCACAGCCUUCUCUUAGCUCAAUGGCACAAACUGGAUUCUCCAGUGAGCUGUUGUAGCAUACACUUUUCAGAACUCGAGGAAAUCAAACCAUUCUAACACUGGGCUGGGUAAAUCCAUUGUGAACAUUCUAGUGUCAUUUAUUGAAGGUGUUAGUUUGAAAUUAUGCAAUACUCUGCACAAACUCUUGUAAAAAAACAACCAAACUAAGGUUUCCAGAACAUCCUUAAACCACUUAAUCCUGACAUUGUGUGUGGGAAUCAAAGCUGAACUAGGAUUAUUUUAUAAAGAUCGAAUCUUUAUGAAAUACUAACUGUUAGAAUUCACUGACUGUCCAUUUCUGAUCAGAUAUACUGAGCCAAAGUAGGGACUACUUUGUCUCUGUAUUUUGACUACGUUUGACACUGGGCAGAGCUACUGACAUUGUGUCAAUCCCAAAUUGACUGCUGCAUGUGUAAGUACAGCAGUGGUGUCUGCUCCUGGCAGCUGAAGUGCCAGAAGAUGACAGUGAGGGACCGGUUCAGGUAAGUAAAAAAUCUAAUUUAUCGUCCCCCUCCCCACAUAUUGGGAUUGGGGGCGGCAGUGUAGUUAUUGAGAUAUUGACCUCAUGCUAUCCCUCCUCAGUGCUGCCUUCUCUCAAUCUGUCUGGAGACCUGUCAGUCAUACACUCACAUUUCUGCCAGAAUACAAAACAGAAGCCUAAAGAAGAUCCCACGUUUGCACUUUAAAGGACCACUCCAAAACGAAGCACUUCUACUUGCUGAAGUGCCUUGUUUGGUAUCUGUCAUUUAAUCUUGUUUGAUAGGUUUACAAGAGAUCUACUUUCAAUAUAAAAUGGCAUGUUUAGAACUAGGAGUAGAAGCACCCCCCUGUCAGAAGCAAAGAGGUUUAUUUUAUUUUUCCUCUUUUAUGAUCUCCACAAAGCUAACGGAAGUGACAGGUGGACGGUUACUGCGUUCCUGGCUUCCUCGCUUCUCAAUGAGCUGUACUAUAGGAAAGCUGUGACUGCACACUGUUCCAGCACUGACUGGAGUAUUCCUUGGACAGACCAGGAGGGCUUGAAAAGUGACAAAAAUUAAAAAAUUACAUUUUAGGAUGUCAUGGGCAUCAAUUGGAAAUCAUGUAAAAUAAUGGAAGGUUCCAUCAGCUGAUAGUAUAUUCGGUUGGAAGCAGAAGCUUCACCUGAGACAAUAUAAUCUACCUUUUUCUUUGUGUAAAUUUUAAUUAAAUUUUUACUCGACAAUUUUUUUCAUAAUUCUAGAUUUCUAAAAUGAGGGACAGUGUUUUUAAAGUAACGACACAGCUGGUGUCAGAUUUUUAUCUUGCUGAUAAAUAUAAAACCGGUUAUGGUAGCAUUGCAGUACUUCAAUUUCAUGUUAUGAACCUGCCCAUCAGGGCAUCUCACUUGUGUAUAUAUAUUUCAAUUCUGUGCAAAAUCAUUCAGUGUCCCUGCCUGACUCCUAAAUGUAUCUUUCUUACUUGUAGGCUACUUCAAGAUUUUGCGUGGAGAGAACCACUGUGGCAUUGAGGCUGACAUUGUUGCUGGAGUUCCCAAAAACUAAACCACUGCCUUCCUAGUGUUGGCUGACUGUACACUUGCAAAAAGACACUUUUUUUUCUUUUUGUUUUUAGAGAAACAAAUUUACUUUUUAAUAAAAAUUUAAUUAGGAUUUUACGCCGCUGCACACAUAGCUAUUCCUUUAUUUUAUGUCCUGAAGAUCAUGUCAAAGGUCCUCAAUCAGAAUAUGCUGGACGGAACGAGCCUAACUCCUCAAAGUCGAAAGAUCUGAACUACGAGAACCCAACGUGCCAUUUCUCUGUGCUUGUAGCUGCCUGUAAUAUCCUUCCUUACGUGACAGUGUAACAAAUUCAGAGAAUCGACUGUCAUAGAUCUAAAUGAUGUGUUUUUAGUGAUUUGUCUUGAUUUUAUUUUUUUUAUAACAAUUUUAAGGAGGGAUUAAGGAUUAAAUGCUGCUGCAAGAGAUGUUCUUCAUUUUGUAUCUUUGUUAAAUUUGUGCUGGUUCUGUUACCUGUUUUAUAUGUAAAAUAUUGCCUUCAAAUGCCAAGUGGACUAUGCAACCAACUGACUUAUUCAGGAUGGAGGAUUCGAAGUAAAGUGGUUGCUAAAAUGUUACCUUCAUCUUUACCAAACCCUCAAUUUGCCUCUGCUUCUGAUGGUUUUGUUUAAUGACUAAAGAUGGCAUGUAAAUGGCUGCCUAACCUUGUAAUCAUGCAUAAUGUAAUGGGUUAUGAUAUAAACUGAAGGAUGUCAGCCAUCUGCUCUUUUGAGGAUAUUACAUUUUUGUUAGUUUUUGCCAAUAAAAAUAAUCUUCUUAGAAUUGUU